AUGUCCCCCGACGAUUAUCACGCAACCCGAAAUACAGCUACGAGGUCAGCUUCGGCCUCAGAUGUGGGCCAGUUAACCAAUAUGCACCCUAACCAUUCAACUGUUUCAGUGGCGUCUUCCUCCAAAGAGGACGACAAGAAAGAUCGCAAGUCAAAGAACGUGAUUGCCAAGGGUCUCAGGAAACUUGGUCAACGGGCUACUACGUUCCAUCUGGCAAGAAGCGAUUCCAGCACCAGUAACCUACCAAGCCGAAAUAACAGUUUGCCACCUACCGAUGGAUUCACGACACCAACAGAGUUCUCGGCUUUUCCCCAACCACUUACCUCUAUUAUUAGUGGGGCUUCCCACGUACCUAGAAAGUCAGAGGACCCCACUUCAUCAAAAGCAAGAGUCGUGAAAGGUUUCCAACAGGAAGUUUUUCAUGAACUAACUCGCCAGUAUGGUGAAUAUAGAUCGUACAUGAAGAGUAGCAGACAUGAAGACAUCGAUAGAUUUGCGCUCACACGUAACGAACAGUGGUUGAAUUGGUUUUACAGCAAGUUGAAAAGUACCCAGCGCAAACUAGAUCUUGAAAUUGAAGCAGUAAAAACAAAGUUGGAUGAAAAAAACGCUCCAUUGGUUCAGGAUUGUAUCACGGAUUCCAAAUCAAACUCUCAAAAAGCUACAUCAAAUGUUGGAUCUCAUAGAAUGGGCUGGGGUUCCAGUCAUGAUAUUCUCCAUGAACUAGACGAGCUUUGCAGUAGCACUGUCCACAAUUCGCACCCAGCCCCCCAUCCUCCUGUCCAAGCUCCUGCUCCUCAAGUUCCUGCUCCUCCGCUACCGCUUCAAUCGCAAUCAGUCCAGCCGGUCUGGGACAACCAAUUUCAAUUAUUUCAAUUGUGGUUUAUCAGCAUUUUUAAGAAACUUAUAAGAUCCAACUCUAUUUUAUCCCCCAAGGUUAUUCAGCUUCUCAAGCACAGGUACCCCUUUUUCCACUCUGCUAGACAGAGCCAUAGCAUCAGCCCUCAUCACACUUUGGUCAAAGCUUCCGAUGGAGUGACUAGUGUUCCAUUAGGAAUUCCCGAAUGGCAUAAUACUUCUUUUUCUUCUUCGGGGACUGGUUACAAUUCAAAACCGCAGGUUGGUUUCUUACAAUCAGCCCAGUUUGGCCAUACAGAAAUUGUUGCCAGACAGAAUUCGUCCAUGAAUCUGAACUAUGACUUUUCUUUACUCUACGAUGAACCUGACAUUGAUCUAAUAUCAAUCAAGAAAUGUGACGAGUACGUUGUUUUUUGGGAUGCUUCUGGCCAUGGGUACAUCAAAUCCUCCGACGGCUCCGAAACGUCUAUGAAUAAAUUAGCUGCAUCACAAUGUAAAGAUUCGAUGGAUGCGUCUUUCGUUGUUGGACAAGAGAGUUCCCAUCUACUGGACAGAUUUACUUUACUAGGCACCCCCUCCUUUCAAUCAAUUCCCCUAAAGGACAGUUCAUUGGAUGUCUUACUGAUCCAUGAUAUACUUCUCAAGAUCAAAGCUGCCGAUCUCGCAAAACUGCUCAAGGAGGUCAAAAGAGUUCUUAAAGAGGAUGGAGUUCUACAAAUCUUGGCAUUUACUGGCACAUUAGGUUGUGCAAAACCAAGUUCGAUUGAAGCAACACCAGAACAACUAGCCAACAAUAUUAUAUGGGACCAAAUCACCAGACAUGCUGAUAUGUUGGGAUUCAACUUGCAAAUUGACACAUUAAUCAACAAACAUUUAGUAAAAGCAGGUUUUCAAAACAAUGUCAGCGCCCUAAUUUCAGUCCCCAAAUACUCACCUGUGCCACAAAUCUCUAGUUCAUACGAUAGAGGAAGCGUUGUUGAUGACAUUAUCAGCAUUCCAACGCCCAAAUCAUCGUCCCGAAAAAGUUCAGCUCAAACUGAAAGGACAUCGACCAAUUCCAGACUCUCGUCCUCCUCCUCGUUUAUCACCUGUAAAAAAGAUUCCAUUGCGACAGAACCUUCUCCUAAUGAAAGUUAUAAAAAUUUAGCUGAUGGCGUAUGUGGCUAUACUAACAAUUCUUUCAAUGGGCUUAUGGAAAUGUUCUGUACAUAUGCAGACUUUUACUGGCUCUAUGAGUUUGGAGGUCUGGACAUCCAACGGACAAAGAAAAUGUUUUCUGGAAAGGAAGAGAAGCUUCUUCAAAGCUUCGAAAUAUUGAGAGAUUAUAUUGAUUAUAAACUCUACGAUGUCAAUCAUUUCCUUGAAGAAUCGGAGAACCCCAGAUCUAGAAGGAGACCUCGGUUCGAAGGUUUCACUCAUGUAGACAUGAUUAUAAGUCAAUAA